UACUGCACUGAUAGUUAUACAUCAUACUACAUUACAAAGCAAUUACAUAACACAAUGUAAUACUUAACAGUUUUGUACAAUAUAAUGACUGUACAAUCCUAAACCAAUGUGUAAUGUUGGGAUCUUAUAGUAACGAGUCCCUCAGGUUGUGGCAGGCAGAUACAUAUUUAGCUGCCAGUGGGGCUGCUGUUCUCUCUCUCUCUCUCUCUCUCUCUCUCUCUCUCUCUCUCUCUCUCUCUGUUCCGUCCAUCCCUCCCUGCGCUAUGCGGCUAUAUGUGACGCUUAGCGUCCGGUGUGUUUUCACUGUUAAACCCUACAUCUUUCAGUUUCUAUACGUAGCCUUCUAGGAGUGCCUGAAUUGUUCAAAUCUCCAUAAGAUUUAAUUUAUGAGAUCUUUAGGUAUGUUCAGCUUUGCAACUUAGAACUUUGAUGGGCUUUGAACAUAUGUGUUCAUAUUUUUUCAGUGUGCUUUGAGUUUUCUGUUACAGUUUGUCUCUGUCUUCUGUCUAUAGUCCCAGUGGCACUGCCCUAUCCUCUCUGGACGAGGUCAAGACCUAUCUGUUGACUGAUGGCACCUGCAAAUGUGGUCUUGAGUGUCCACUCAUCAUCCAUAAGGUUUUCAACUUUACUGUGGGAGUGAAGGUGGAGCAGCACAUCCAGCCAUUAGGCAAAGCAGAGCAGGACAUGACCAAACUGUGUAACCACCGCAGGAAAGUGGUGGCGAUGGCUGCUCUGUGUCGGAGUAUGCAGGCCUCACAGCUGCCCUUUGCCAACCUUCAUCAUCCAGAGAUGAGCAGUGGAGUGGACAGCCGCAAUUCAAAGCGAGUACUUGUUGAGCGGGAAGAAGAGGACCAUGGCAUUUACCAUCCCAAACUCCAUCCGGCCCCAGCUCGACCCCACAGCAACAUCCACAUAAACCCCUCUGCCAGCCCCAAAUCCUCCUACCACUUUAUUUACCCUUACAAUGGUUCCUCCCCUGUCCUUCACACAGGCACACACUCUCACCACCCCCUCGAUGCUUUGAGAAGACUUCCCCAUCCUUCUCCUAUUCUUGUCUCCUCCACCUCCUCCUCCUCCACCUCCUCAUUCCCAGCGUACAGCGUUGCCCAGAGGUCACCCCGCACCCCCACACCUCAAGGUCAAAGAACACCCAAAACCCCCGAGACUCCAGGUUCUCCUCGGCACGGGCCCCUCUCUUCACCUCCUCCCUCUUCCCCUAUGGCCAUGGGUGGUGGAGGAAGAGGAGCACAGACUCACGCUCAUCAUCCUCUUGGUGUCAUUGUGGGAGGCUCCCCCCUCUCUCGCUCUCCCUCUCCCUCUGUCAAUAACAUGAACUGUGCGUCUCCUCACCAGCGUUCCCGCCACCCUUCAGCUUCUCCUUCCGCUCUCUCUGAUCAUGGAGGAGGCUCAGCAGCAGGAGGUGGACUGAUGGGAGGUAACUUUCCUCAGAGGAGGAAAUCCACCUCUUCCUCUCCACACUCCCCUCUCCAUGGCUCCCCAAAUCCCAGCCCCCACUUUCCCAAGUACAAGCUGGAAGACAUCUUGGAGCAGUUUAAGAACUCAGGCAACAGCAGCACUAAUAACCACCACCUCCUAAUCCCUGCUAACCCCUCCUUACUGACCAACCAAAGCAGUAGCAACCCUAAUGCUCUCUCCUCGAAGCCCUUAAAGAGUGCCAUGAGUCCGAUUCUUAGCACAGGACCACCAGGUUUUGGGUUGAACUCCGCAGGGACUUCUAGUUUACCUCUGGGGCCAUUUCUGAACCACCACCACAGCCAUCAGGUCAAGCUGCCACACCCAGCUUCUUUCCCUGCAAGUAGCCUUCUCUCUGCAGCUGCCAAAGCUCAGCUGGCUAACCAGAUAACCCAGGGCCCGAGCUCAAAUGUGGCCAGCAACCCCUUGAGCUUGCCCUCUUCUCUGGAGGCCUCGAAAGAGGUACAGCAGCAACAGUCAUCAAAGGUAACAAACAGCACUUUACAUAACAGCCACCCUCUCUCCUCCAAUGCUUCUACUAGGCCUCCCCAUCCUUCCCUUGCAGCAGCCUCCUCUGUCCUUUUUCCUCCAUCCCACUCUCUGGCCCAGUCCCUGGCUUCCUCUUUGCCCCACCUGCCUCCCACAGCAGAGCGCAGUGCGUCGCACAGAAAGAGGCAGCGGCGAUCUCCAACAGUGCUCACCAUGCUAAGAGACACCCAGCAGCUGACUAAUGGGCCGCGUAAAACCCCACCAGGAGACGCCGUUUCUGCUACAGUUAUCAACCUAUCCUCCUCUUCCCCUUCGUUCCCCUCCUCCUCGCACUCCUCCUCUACCUCAGCUGUGCAGAACCAGAAUGCUGCCAUGUUAGAAAACCAUCAUCCUCUCCUCCCCGGGCAGAUGCCAAGGCUCCCUGCUCCCCGACAGAUGGCACACCUUUCCAGGCCUCCGAGACAAACUGAGGCUCUGGAUUUCACUACAGGCCCGACACAUUCACCUCUUGGCUUGGACCCUCCAACCCAGCCUCUGUCUGCUCUGUUACACCUGCUCAGUGUGCAGAACGCACAGGCCUCAGCAUUGAACUCUGCGUCAGCUCAGCCAGGAUCUGUGUCUAUUGAAGGAGGUGGACACACUAAUAAGCAGAGCCCCAGACGGUCACCCUCUUCUCCCGCCCCUCACUCUAACGUCAGGCACCCACAGACUCGGUCCCCGUGCCGAACCAGUAACACUAAUCUUUUACCCUCGGUGCUACAGCCGCUUUCUCCUCCCCCCACUUCCUCUCAUUUCAGAUCAGUGCAGUCUCAAUCACGUCCUCAGUCUACUAAAUCAAGUCCUCUACAGAGACAUUCUCCUUCUACACUGCUGUCCAACUCAAAUUUAGCUUUACACAACAGCAUCAGCCCAUCGCAGCAUAUGUUCCCCACUCCCUCAGACAAGCAUCAACUGACUGAAAAUCACAUUCCUACAAUAGACUCGGUUUCCCAAGCACCAUUGCGGGAAGCCUCACCGCAGGCCACGGAGAUUAGUAGUAUUAGCAUACCUACAUCGGUGGACUUGAGUCAUUCGCAAGGCAGUGUUUCUAUGGCGAUAUCCAGCUCCCCGAAGCCUCUUGACCUUAGCAACCAUGUCCUGGCCCUUCUCGCAGCAUCAUCCACUCUACCCCAGGGGGAGGGCAGCUCCUCCGACCGUACCACUGAUGUUGUGAUGUCUUCCCAAGAAAAUCCAACAGCAGGGCCAGAGGAGCCUAGAUGUGUGGACCCGAAGAUCUCCAUAGUGACCAAACCUCCAGCAGCCACAAGCCCCGGGCCCGCUUUCUCCUCUCGUCUCAUGGACAGUCACAGUCCUCAUACACCUUCAGCUGUUGGCGACUCAACCUCUCCCUUACCUCUGGCAGAGGCCUUCCCCUUCAUGAACCAAGAGCAGCUGCUUCAGCUGCUGUCAUCCACAGGAGGUCUACCAUCCCUCCUGGACCCUACAGUCCUGGCUUCAUUGCCACUAGGGGGGCUGUGGCUGGGAGGGCAACAUGCGCAGAUACCCCCUGCCAAUGCACAACCACCACAGACUCUUGCAGAGCAGCAGUUACUGAUGCAACAACAAGAGACACAGCAGCAAAACCAGGAUCAACAGCAGAAGCACCAACAGAUAAACAACAAUCCUCUGUUUCCCUUGUUGCCCUUGUUGAGUGGUGCCCAAGGAGAGCUGCCUCUGAGCCUUUUGGGCCUAUUAAACCCGCUCCCAUCCCCCGCCUCAACCCCUACCCCAGGACAGGAAGCUGAUCUAGGGCUAACAGAAAAACCUAGCCUUCAGGCUCUGCUUAUGGCCUCCUUGUUGCUCGGGCAUCAGCAGACACCUUUGUUACCUCUAUCUGGGCUGGGUCAGUUGAGCCAGGUCAGCUUGGAAGUUCCUCUCCAGCAGCCACAACACAUCCCCACCACAUUGGAGGGUCUCACCCUGGAUAAGACCUCUGGCCUCCUGGAUCCAUCAACCCUAUCAGGCGCGGGUCUCUUGGAGGUCGCUCAGAGCCUUCUCCCCAUUCCUCCAGGAGCUGAGGGCUCUAUCCAAGCGCUCCAGUCUCUGCUCCUUCCUGCCUCUCUUCCUCCUUCCCAUGCAGCCUUCCUGCCCCUCAGCCCUGCCUUGCUCACUGCUGCCCUGAGCUCUGCCGAACUCCACCCACCUCCCCACACCCAAUUAGCUUCUGCACAGCAAACCCAACAUACCCAACCUCAGGUACCCACUGAUGCUGGUGUUGACACCCUCAUCCCCCUGUCUCUUCAAGGCAAAGACAACCCCAUCCUCCAACAGUUACUGCCCACUUUGCUUAACUCUGCUGUAUUAGGAGAUCUUUCUGGCAUCACAGGCCUCCACAACUUGUUGGGGAUUGGAGCAGGUUCCAUCCUCCUACCCCCAGUCCAGACCUCUGCUUUGGGCAUGCCUCUGCUGCAGGGUCCUGAUGGAGCUAUCAACUUGCUCAACAACAUACAGCUAAACCUUGCACCACCCUCAGAAGGAGAGAAGCCAAUGACAUUGCAGGAAGCACAAAGCCCUGCCCCACAGGAAGACAUUCCAGCCUGUCAGAUGGCUCCCGAAGUGGUUCCCAGUCCUGUUCCAGCUCCUGUUUUAGCGCCUGCCCAAGAACACACCCCACCCCAGCAGCGGGUAUCUGAGGGCAGGUCUGUUAUUGAUCCUUACACCUCUUUCAUGGACACGAUUUAUACCUCCUUCCUUCAAGUCAGUGCUAAAGAGCAGGAAGGCAGGGCCCACAUGGGGCCAUCUGACCCCACUUCACCCUUCUGUGCCUUACCACCGGUUUCUUUCCCUGUGGAACACCAUACCCCUGUCCCAACUCUGCCCCAGGCAAGUGCCCCAGUCUCCCUCAGCCCACGUCGGGCCUGUUCCCUCCGCAAUCCAUGCUUAUCUCGACUUAGCUUGGAGGCAACAGCCCAUUCCCCAGCCCAGGGGACGCCCAAACCCACUGAGGAUGGGUCUACGUCACCCUUACAAAGGAAACCGGUUAUGGUAGAGGGCCAUACCCACCCAGAGCCUCCUUUGCCAUCCAUAUACUUGGAGGAGGCUAAGACAGACUGUACUGGGCCUGCUGCGGCUGUGUGCCCCUAUGUGGAGGCAGGAGUAGAUAGGCAGGGGCAUCUUCCCCACGUGGGGUACCUCAGUCCCAGGGAUGGAUGCAGUGGGAGGACCGACGAGGAGACAGCUGGGACAUUGCUGCACACUGAACAGGGAAGGGAUCAAGCCGGAGCAGCUGGUGGAGCCAGAAGAGGAAGGAAAAGGAAACAAACGCUACAGAAUGUGUUAGAGGAUUUCAGAGACAUGGAUGCUACAACACUAGAGGAAACCAAGGCUACGACAGCACUGCUGAAGCCUGAGAGGUCAGUCCGCGGCAGGAGGCGACGAGGCGCCAGGUCCCAGAGGCAGUGAUUGAUGGAGGGAGUUGUAAGUCUGAGCUCUUCACCAAUCAAAAGGUGGCCAGAUGCUG